AGAGGGGAACAUGAGGAGAAAGUACAAGGUCAGGAAGAACCAGGUUGUCAGUCACAGCAGCCUGCCUGUGGCAGAGCUGUUAGAAACAGCAGAAUCAUAGGAGGUCAAGAUGCAACACCAGGAAGUUGGUCAUGGCACGCCCUUGUAGUAACUUAUGGACCUUAUGGAUAUAAACAGUGUGGAGGUUCCCUAAUCACCAACCAGUGGGUUUUGACAGCUGCUCGGUGCAUACCAAUUUCAAGUAACAACACUGUGGUUCAUCUGGGACGCUACAACCAGUCAGGCUUAAAUCCAAAUGAGGUGACUCAGAAAGUGAAAGAAACCAUCUGCCAUCCUGCAUUUUCCUUUUACUGCUGGACGUAUGAGAAUGACAUUUGUCUCCUGAAGCUGUCUGCUCCUGUGAAUUUCACAGACUACAUUCAGCCCAUUUGCUUAGCCUCAGAAAAAAGCACUUUCCACAAUGGGACAAGCAGCAGGGUCACCGGUUUUGGUUACGAUGAUAGUUAUCGAUUUUCCAAUAUCCUGCAGGAAGUUAAUGUACCAAUAUUGGGAAACAAUGAGUGCAGAUGCCACUUUGAAAACUACUACUACUACUACUGGCUCCCACAGAUUACAGAGAAUGUUACCUGCACUGGACCCAAAGUUGGAUGGAAGGGCCCAUUUUAUGGAGAUGAAGGGGAACCCCUCAUGAUUAAGGCAGGAUCACUCUGGGUCCAGAGUGGAGUUCAGAGUUAUAGUUAUGGUUGUGGCGGACUUUCAAUCUACACUCGUGUGUCCCAAUACCAGAAAUGGAUCAGUGACACCGUCACUGGGACACCACCGGGCUUUGUCACUUUCUCCUCUCCGGGCACUGACAGCGACUUAAACUUCACCUGUCCAACAUCACCACCUCCUUCUUAUAACAUUUUUUAUGACAAUGUCAGUAUCAGUAACCCUCUAUUUCCCAGCACAGAUGGCAGUGUGUUUGGCAGCAGUGAAAAUCUGUUCCACUUAACUCACGUCACCUCCCUUUGUGUUCUUGUUGCAUUGCUCCACGCGUUUGUUGUAAGUGGAAUGUAACUCAGUAUAUUUAUGCAAGUCUUGUACUUACAUACAAGCUUGAAAUACUUGUACUUCUUAACAUUUUAGAACCCCGAGUUGAAUGUUAUACAUUUUACUCCAAUAUAUUAAGGGAGAGCUCGAGUUUCUGGUAAUUUUAAGAAUUAAUUUAGAUUUUUCUAAAUUAAACAAACGAACAAUUAACCAACUCUUUUGCUUUCUUGUACAUGAAAUUAUAAGUAAAUACAUAAUGGAUGAAACAGUAAGCAGACACAAAGACUUUUUUUUUGCAGUCCACUUUUUAAAAUAUGGUUAUUUGCUACACAUUCAUUUAUCAGUGUCAGUAUCUAAUUCAUUUUAAAGGUUGGGGCAAGCUGGGGACUUGGACGGUGUUGCUAAGGGUGUGAUUUUUAGUAACAAAUAAA